UUCCACCUUUAAUUCCAAACGAAAAAGAAUCCUCAAUUUGCUCGAAUGCAGCUUCCGGUGGGCUUCUACGGGUCGUUUCAUUGACAGUUAACUUUGUAAUUUACUACUUAGUGUUUAUAGCUGUUGGUACAGUAAUGCGGCGCCACACAGCGGUGUCUCCCGGUGGAUCCGUGUAGGUUACAGAGUCCGGAGGAUCAGGAAAAUCAGCAGAGAACGAUGGCGGAGGUGGAGACGCCGGAGGAGCUCCUGAUCAAGCAGCACCGCAAAGAGAAGAAGGACCUGCAGGCAAAGAUCCAGAGUAUGAAAAAUGCUGUCCCUAAAAACGACAAGAAAAGACGGAAACAGCUGACGGAGGAGAUCGCCAAACUGGAGGCGGACCUGAAUCAGAAACACGAGGAGGAAUUCCAGCAGCUGCAAUCUGCCGCCGACAAAGAUGUGGAGGAGGCUGUAAAUGGAGUGACGGCUCUAAAAGUAGAGGCUGGAGAACAAGAGGAGGCCAAACAACCCCGAGUUACAAAAGCGCAGAAAAGAAGGGACAAGAAAGCAGCUCAGGAGAAGGAGCGGGAGAGCAGGAUCGCGGAGGCCGAGGUGCAGAACCUCCAGGGUGUGAGGCACCAGGAGGGCUUGAAGCUGGCCCAGAUACUCGCUCAGAAAAGCCUUCAAAUUAAGGAGAUCUCCUCCGACGGCCACUGCAUGUACCGCGCCGUGGAAGAUCAGCUGGGGCAGCGGUCUAAGUCAGGAUUGAGCUUUAUAGAGCUGAGAUCCCGAACGGCUGAGCAUAUGAGGAACAACUCGGAUAACUUCCUGCCCUUCCUCAGCAACCCCACCACCGGGGAGAUGUUCACCGCAGAUGAAUUUGAGAAGUACUGCAGUGAGGUGGAGCACACAGCAGCAUGGGGAGGGCAGCUGGAGCUCCGAGCUUUGACUCAUGUUCUCCGUUUGCCGAUCGAAGUGAUCCAGGCCGACUCUCCCGCUAUAAAAAUCGGGGAGGAAUACAACACUGAACCCAUCACUUUAGUGUAUAUGCAUCAUGCCUACGGUCUGGGAGAGCAUUAUAACAGUGUGGAACCUCUAAAGAAUCCUGCCAAUGCAGAAGAGAGCUGAGAGUUUCUGUGUCAGAGCUCAAAGGACUGAUCGUCAUCUUGAAAACCCCUUUUUUAAGAAGACUAAAAGCAACAUGAUUUGUACAAACAUAAUUUGGUUCUUAAAGGUCUUAAAACUACCGGACCUGUGAUUCUAAAUCCUCUUAAUGGAACACAGAAGUCACUGUUCCACCAGUAGAAGGGGGUCAAAGCUUUUCUUUGUGGGUUAAAUCCCACAAUGGAUCCUGAUGGAUCCAUGUCUCACAAAU